AAAUAAUAUUAAUAUGUCAGAUUAGAUCAUAAAUUUUACAGAAUUAUAAAAGGAAUAUGGUGAAAUGGCUUAAAUGAUCAUUCAAAACUUCGAAUCUACUUGUUUCGAUUAAAGAACGGAAGGAUUUCUUUAAGGAAUGCUAAAUAAAGAUUGGGUUUAGGCCAUGAUUGAAAGUGGAGCUUUAAAGGAAUCUGCAGGGUAUAAGUUAAAUUACUACCCAGUUACAUCAAGGCUGGUCCAUUUAUCAAUACAUUAAAAAAUUUUCAUGAUUUUGUAAAUGAUCAUCGUAUAUUUAUUCAAUAUCCUGAAAACUAACCUGCAGCGCCAGAUCGACCACAAUAUCGAUUAAAAGACGAAUUUAAUGAUGAUAAAAAAUUGUAAGCUUAUGAUUAUUUUCAUCCAAUAAUUGAAUAAGCACGAUUACUCAAAUUAGAAAUGUCUAAAUACUCUGGCUCACAAGUGUCUGAUAAUAUUUUCCUAGCUGAAGGUAAAUUAAACAUAAAUUUAUUUAAGGGGAAAAGAUUAAGAAAAUGCAUGAGGAACUUAAAUAGCAAAUCGAAAUAUAAAGAAGAGCAUCAAAGCCAGUGGAAGUAAAUUAAUAAGUUUUAGAUACAGUUUUUGUGGAUCCUGCUUUAGCAAGUAGUAAAUGUUGUAAUAAAUGUGUAAUUUUCUGA